UGCGCAUGUCAAUCUGGUGAACCCUUAAAUAUUGCCAACAUAGUCAACAUUAUUUUAGAAUUUAAUAUUAUUUAAAUGUUAAACAUCGUUCAAAGAUGAAAGUAAUACUAUUAAGCACACUUUUGAUCACAAUCUACUUUGUAUCACCAGCACAAGCAUGGGACAGCGAAGAUUUAGAAGUUUUCGAUGUAGUUGAUGCAGUUAAAAAUCAGAAUUUUUAUACACUAUUUGGAAUAAGUCAAGAUGCGAAAUUGGCUGAUAUUAAGCGAGCAUUUAGGAAUUUAUCAGUUACUAUGCAUCCUGAUAAAAAUAAUGCAGAGGAUGCAAAUGAAGUAUUCAGAAAUAUAGUAGCAGUAUAUGAAAUAUUGAAAGAUCCAGUGAAACGUGAAAAGUAUGAUAGUGUUCUUAAGAAUGGAAUGCCUAAUUGGAGAUCAGCUGUUUAUUAUUAUCGAAAAGCUAGGAAAAUGGGACUUGCUGAAGGAGCAACUUUACUAUUUGUCAUUAUUACUGUUGCUCAGUAUAUUGUUUCUUGGGGGGUCUAUCUUGAGAAAAAGUAUACAAUGGAAUCACUUUUUGAAGCAAAGUCUAAGAAAGUAAGGAGAGCUAAUGUUGAUGUGAAUUUACUGCUGAAUGAGAUACCUCGACCAAGUGUCAAAAAUACACUGCCUUUCCAAAUUCCAAUUGGGAUUUAUCGAAUGAUUGUUGGAGCUCCAUCAGCUAUAAAAGGAUCAGUUAAUGUAAUAUCAGAGGAAUUAAAAAAAGAAAUGGAAAGAAAGCGACGUGAAAAGGAGGAAGAAGAACUGAUCAAAAAGCAAGAAGCUGAAAAGCAACGUGAAAAAAUAGAACGUAAAGAAGGUCUUAGACGACGUAAGGAACAGGAAGCAAAAUUAAUAGAAAAGACUGAUGAAGAAUUAGCAGCUUAUUCAGCAACAAUAAUUUCAAGAAGACCUGGAAUGGAGGAAGUCAAAAAGAUUCCAAUUAGUGGAGGUUUAUGGACUGAUGAUGAUCUAAGUGAAUUAGUAAGAUUAACGAAAAAAUAUCCAGGUGGUACAACAGAUCGAUGGGAAGUAAUUGCAGAGUCUAUGGGUAGAAAUGUCAGUGAAGUUACAUUCAUGGCUUACAAAUUGAAAGACAAUGCUUAUCAUACACCUGGUGAAACUGACAAAAUUGUUGAAAGUAUCAAUAAAGAAUUGUCAAAGAAAGUCAAGACAAAAUCAACAGCAACACUAGCAACGGAAUCACAAAAUCCUGAGAAAAAUUGGUCACAAGAACAACAAAAAGCACUCGAAGCAGCCAUUCAAAAAUAUCCUAAACGCGGUAAUGAAGACAGAUGGUCAAAAAUUGCUAAUAGCGUGCCAGGUAAAACAAAAGAAGAAUGUCAGACACGCUAUAAAUAUUUGGUUGAAUUAGUAAAGAAACAAAAGGAAGCAAAAGACAAAGAGGUGCAAGAAUUAGAGAAAGAGAAAGAAAUAGUUGAGGUAGAGCAACAAAACAUUGAAGAGGUUGAAGACGAAGCUUCUCAAAAUGCUGACACUGGAGGUAAAAAGAAAAAUAAGAGAAAGGAGAAGAAAAAGAAUGUUGACUACUACGCUGAUGAUUAUUCUGAAGAAGAUAUGAGUGAUUAAAUUGAUUUUAUUUUUACUAUUGCUUAAAAUGUCACACAUUUAUUAUUCAGAAAUUAAAACAUGAGU